GCGUGUUGAUGACGUCAUGUGUAGUUGUCCAGUCAUAACUCAGAGCGCCAAGUUCCCCUAAAAACAUCAACAACAUGGCGGACAAAGACACAGAAGUUACAUUUAAGAAGGACACAGUCAGCAAACUGUUAUCGAGCUUCUUCAAGGAGGACAAAACCAGACUUAGUGGAGAGGCUGCACUGCUCAUGGCGGAGAUGCUGAGAAUAUUUGUCCAGGAAGCGGCUGUGCGAUCGCAGAAACAAGCUGGAAGGGAGGACUGUGACCAAGUGGGCAUCGAACACUUUGAAAAGAUCCUACCUCAGCUGGUGCUUCCAGCAUGCGCCACGGCACCCUUCAUCAAAGCCUCCUGGAGCAGUUGGAAGCAAUUAGAGUAAUAAGGGGAGCAGCCAGUCUCUUAGAUGAUGACAAGUGCCAGGAGAAAAAAAAAAAAAAAAGAAGUACCCCCUCCGGCCACUUUGAAGUUCCCUUUUGCUGUCCUGCGAUGUUUAGUUAGAGGUGGAGGGAAGGCCAAAGGGGAGCUCUGGCACAGGGGGGAAAGUUGAAUGGGAGUGUGCGUGCACCAAUGUGUGUGCAUGUGUGAGCCAAACACGGCCAAGAGACCACACGCGUAGAUAGAAAGGAAACAUAAGAAAACACAUCGGGAACACGGUCCAAAAGGAGCAGGGGUGUAAUUCUGAAGGUAAAUAAACAAAAAGAGGCGAGGAGAAGAGGUGCCGUUCCUCCUUUCAUCACAACGGAAGAAGACGUUGCGCCUCUAAUGCUUUUCCACUAGACCAACAUGUCUUGGUUAUGAGUCAGCGUAGCCGUACGACACCUCAUACUAUUUAUUUGUGUGACGUGACUCACCGACAAACACAUCUGGAAGCAACUCUGGGCUGAAAAAAACUCCAGUGCGGGGUCGCUCAUAGGUGUUCAGAGACGUGCCACCUGGAAUUCCCAGGAUGGAUUCCUGCUCUAUGGUCACACUGCAGGCCUUUCAGGAGCGUUUGAUUUAAUGAUGCGCACAAUUGGCGGUCACUUCAUUUGCUGGCUGAAUAGUAGCCGGAGACCACCGCGGCAAACUGCCACUUAUCACAUAGGGAACCUGCUCAUUGGGCUCAAUAGCUGCCACUUUUAUGGUUGCCAGACGCUGGCGAGAAGUAACGACACAGCCUCAAUAACAUAGAACGCCAUCGAGGGUAAAUGUUACUUAAAACCGGAGGCGUCCAAACCUUUUCCAGUGUGACCCACAUGUAUAAAAAUAUAUAAUUAUAUAUAUUUCAAUUUUUUUUGUUUAAAA